AUGGAAAAGACCAGUGUGACUGUUAAUCCAUUAGGGGUGAUUAUGGCACAAGAAUUGGUACCAAUAACAUGCAGGAAAGGAAAAAGACCAAGGUUGCUAAGCUUCCUAUCGGAGAUUCCAUCUGUACGCGUAAUAGUGGUUGUGGGAGGGAUAGAUGAACAUCUCCCAUCUCUACCUUCAAGAUCGGGAGUUAAGCUGAUAUCAUACUCAAAGCUACUUGGUCAGGGCCAAAGUAAUAUCCAUCCAUUUUGCCCUCCAAAGCCUGAGGAUGUGGCCACUAUAUGCUAUACAAGUGGCACUACCGGGACACCUAAGGGAGUUGUUUUGUCACACGGAAACUUGAUAGCAAGUGUUGCAGGUGAGAGGCUAUUUAACGUAGCCUACAAUUCAAAGAAGCAAGCUGUAAUGGGUGGAAGAAAACCAUCACCAAUGUGGGAUAGAUUGGUCUUCAAUAAAAUAAAAGACAAACUUGGAGGGCGAGUCCGUUUGAUGACUUCAGGUGCUUCACCAUUGUCUCCUGAUGUCAUGGAGUUUUUAAGGGUAUGUUUUGGCUGUCCAGUGCUUGAAGGAUAUGGUAUGACAGAGACUUCAUGUGUCAUUAGCUCAAUGGACGAAAGUGACACCUUAUCUGGUCAUGUUGGUUCUCCCAAUCCUGCUUGUGAAAUAAAGCUGGUGGAUGUUCCUGAGAUGAAUUACACUUCUGAAGAUCUACCACAUCCUCGUGGGGAGAUCUGUGUUAGAGGUCCCAUCAUUUUCCAAGGCUAUUACAAAGAUGAAAUCCUGACGAGAGAAGUAAUUGAUGAUGAAGGUUGGCUACACACAGGGGAUAUUGGAUUAUGGCUACCCGGUGGACGUCUUAAAAUUAUUGAUAGGAAAAAGAACAUUUUUAAGUUGGCCCAGGGUGAGUACAUAGCACCAGAGAAAAUUGAGAAUGUCUAUGCCAAGUGCAAAUUUGUUGCGCAGUGCUUCGUGUAUGGCGAUAGCUUCAACUCCAGUUUAGUUGCUGUAGUAUUUGUGGAGCCAGACGUGUUAAAGGAUUGGGCCACAUCAGAAGGCAUCAAGUAUGAAGAUUUAGGGCAACUAUGCAAUGAUCCAAGAGCAAGGGCUGCCGCUCUUGCUGAGAUGGAUGCUGUAGGAAAGGAAGCUCAGUUGAGAGGUUUCGAAUUUGUGAAAGCUGUCACGUUGGUGGUCGAGCCAUUUACAUUAGAGAACGGCUUAUUAACUCCAACAUUUAAGAUAAAGAGGCCCCAAGCAAAGGCUUACUUCGCCAAAGCAAUAUCGGACAUGUAUACCGAGCUUUCAACAUCUGAUCCGACACCACAGAGGAUGUUAUGA